UGACUGUUGAUACGGUUUUGCUGAAUAGAAUAAUGAUUUAAAUGAAGGCUUGAAAAAAUAACGGGUGUAAAAAUCAUUGUUAAGAAAAGAACAUGAGGAGGGAGAGAGCAAACAUGAUACCUGACUGAUAGAAUCAUGGAACACAGACAUAGAUCAGGAAACAGAUUUACUAGAGUUUUUAGGAGCUUUUGAGCUAGAAGUCAUAGACUUUAUGUAGAAAUAUCCAGCAUCCAACAAGCAGCUACAAAUGUGAACUUACAACUCAGAUGAAAGGUGCAGAUUUAGGGUUCAUAUUCUCAGAACACUGGAAAGAGAAAAACAGCAGAGGAACUGAAGACAAGUUUUAAGUGCCUUCCUUUAAGAAGAGACUAAAGUGGGUGAGGAGCUAAAAUAAGUGCAGUGUCCUGAGAAAUGAAGGAAAAUAAAGUGAUCUUCAAUGACAUCAGUUGCUAUGGAACUGUCAAGUUUAUCUGAAAUGACUGGCGGUCGUUUGUAACAUCUGGGAGCUUUUUAGUUUAUUUCAUCCUCCUAGGGAUAACUAGGAAAUAAGUAUCCAACUUACGUGCUGAGCAAUAGUUAAUUCCUUUUGCACUUUUAGGGGCUGGAGUUGAAAUACAGUCAAAGGCAAGUUCCCACAGACCUCAUUUUUCUACCACCCACUGUUGAUUUUUGUUAAAUGUGCAAACAAGCAAGGCACUAAACAAACAAAAACAAUAUAAGCAGUCCUUAAAGGCACAGCCUUCUAAGUUGCCAAUGAAAAAGGCUGUUCAAUGUCUGCAUAUGUCGAGGCUUGAGGUACAAAAAUAACAGAUCUCCAGAAAACUCAUGGAUCGUCGAUUCAAUCUAGACAGCACGUGGGCAGCACCAGCGGAAAAGCCAAAAGAGACUGAGAAACUGGGAUCAGAAGCCUAUGGACCUGGGACUUCUAAUCACGGGCAAUCUAUUGCUGACGGUAUGUUAAGACCACCCCUUCAAAUUUCUUCAUCUACAAGAAGAGGCUUUAGGAUAAUGGACCCUAAAGGAAAAAAAACAAAAACCACCUAAUUAAAAGUAUGCACCCCUGCCAAACAAAAACGUCCUACGGGGUCCUGACAGCUCGGCCAGGUCGUAGACGUCGCAAUCCCACUGCGGCGCAGGCGCAGGCGCAGGCAGUAGCCGCCGUGGGUGGGGCGGGGCGCAAAGGCGCGACUGCGCGCUCCCUCGCCGAAGCACCUCCCCGGAAGUCUCGCGAAUCCCUGCGUCGGCGACGUGGGAAGUGCUUCCUGGAACCUCAGAGGAGGUCGCAAAUCAUGUGACCGCGGCUCUUAGAAGAACCUGUCUCAGGCAGUCCCUGAAGUGACAGCUCAGAGAAUCAAGCAGCCCAGAAACCCAGGCUUGGCGAUUGAUCCUCCGGGAGAAAGGGGUUCAUCAUGGCGGAUGACCUAAAACGAUUCCUGUAUAAAAAAUUGCCAAGUGUUGAGGGGCUCCAUGCUAUUGUUGUGUCAGAUAGAGAUGGCGUCCCCGUCAUUAAAGUGGCCAAUGAUAAUGCUCCAGAGCAUGCUUUGAGACCUGGUUUUCUAUCUACUUUUGCCCUUGCAACAGAUCAAGGGAGCAAACUUGGACUUUCAAAAAAUAAAAGUAUCAUCUGUUACUAUAAUACCUACCAGGUGGUUCAAUUCAAUCGUUUACCUUUGGUGGUGAGUUUCAUAGCCAGCAGCAAUGCCAAUACAGGACUCAUUGUCAGCCUAGAAAAGGAACUUGCUCCAUUAUUUGAAGAAUUGAGACAAGUUGUGGAAGUUUCUUAAUCUGGCAGAUUUCAGUGUAUAUCUUACUACCUUCAUUGUAACAGACACAACAUCAAUCCAGCAAUCUUUAGACCACAGCAGUACUUGUAACCAUGUACUCAAGAAAGGGCCCCUGACUCCACGUUACACUAAAGAAAGAGCCUAUAGAUAGAACUUAUGGACAGAUCGACUGUUGUCUUUUCUUGCGUAGGGUCUUAUUUAGUGAGAUCUGGGGAUACCACAGAAAUGAUUCACUAUCACAGCUCCCAUGGAGUUAGUCCAGUCACCAAAUAUACAUGAGAUCCUGUUCGGUGGGUCAGAAUCAAAUUGGUACUUUGAUCCACUUGAGCCGUGAAGUGCUCCCUGUUGUACAAUACACCAGGCCUGCAGAAUGAAGCAGACUUUUUAUUGUGAAUAAUGAGAACAUAUUUUUCUUCAUGUCAUUUUCUUUGUGUUGAGUGCGAGGAAGAUAAAAUGGCUUAGUAAAAGUAAUAAAAUCAGUACAAUCACUAA